UGUGAUCCUUGUGGAGUUUGGGGAGAACGGCAGCACGGAGGUCAUCAUCGUCUCGGGCUACAACGUGAAGAACAUCACAGUCCAGGACGACAAGCCUUCCCCUAGCCUUGUCAGUGCCAUUGAUAACCUCUUCGAAAAGAACAGCAAAAUGCAGUACUACACAACCUCUGGUGUCCAUGGUUUACAUAAAUUGGGAGCAGCUAUAAACAACUGUGGGGUAUAUAACUUCACCGAAAAUGUAACCUCGGUUAGCCGCAUCUCUUGGUUCUUAAUUAUACAUUACAGUAGCCAGGAGCUGACGGCACGACGAGAGAGCCUUUGCGUAUGGUUGGCAGAAAACCGUGUGCCAUACACAGUUAGGGAUGACAUGAGUGUAGAGGUUUUGCAAACUGCAGUAAUAGCCCAGCCAUAUGAACCAGGCUCAGUCCAGUGCACCAAUGAAGUAGUUCUGGACAAAGUGAUGAAACUAGUGCAGCAAAUGCCUGUUCAAGCUGCCACCACAACUUAAAAUGCCCUGCUAGUGUACUAAUUGCAGGAUACCAGUAUCUGCUUAGAGCGCAACAGAAUCAUGUGAUAUUUCAGCAGAUGUCUGGCCUCCUAUUCUGUACAGCUGAAUCAUGUGUCUGAAUCAGUUGCUAAGGCUGGUACACACCAAAGUUGAUGUAGUGAAGUGUAUGCCUUGGCCAUUGUACCACCAAAGCUAUCAGUCUUGCUACUACAGUAUUAUAUUUAUUGAGAUAUCUCUCAGCAAAUUUAGUCUUACCAGUAAAGUAAAAUAGUUCAUAUAAUGUGCUGAUGACAGUCAGAUGUCUUUUUGUACAGGAUUAUAUGCCUGAUUUCAUAUCUUCAUGUAACCACCUUGUCUGAAGACUUAACUAAUAACCUUAAGGAAAAUUAAUGUCAUAUUUUGUUCCCAUAGUAAAAUGAAAAGCUUGCA